GAUGGGGUAAUGGAACAUAUUGUUCGUUGUAGGUUGAUGGUUGGUCUUGGGAUACUUACCAGUGCUGAUCUGUUCAGUUGGAUAGAUUCAUCGUCUGUCGCUUUGUUCGUUGCUUCCUCGGUGUUCUCUUCGUCGCAUUGAAAGCAAAAGACCGGGAAAACAAGAAAGAGAAAAAGAUAGAAAGAAAAGAAAACUCCGAAAACCACCACAGUCCAGAUGGAUCGCUUCAUGGAACUCCUGCGCAAACCAGGCGCGAAGCCUGAGAUCCAGGGCGUCGCCCCGACGCAACAUGUGAUUGGGAAAGAGGCCCUUAACCACUCAGAUGUUCAGGGCUAUAUACCCAAAAGCAAGCCCAGGUUGCUCGACCGCUGGCUUGACUUUAUCGUCCGAGUCUCUGGCUCCGAGCCCGUCUUCUUCCUGAUCCUCGCGGGCCUCCUCACCUGGGCUCUCCUCGGGAUCAAGUACGGCUCGACCGAUAGCUGGCAGGUCCUGAUCUCCGACAUCCAGGCCAUCGUCAGCUACAUAUUCGACUCCUUCCUCGUGAGACAGCAGCUGAACGCAUACGAAGAGGAGAUGACAGUAGCCGCUGAGCUGGAGUCCCGGAUCCUCAGCCACAAACGGAUGCUCGAGAAGCUGCAUCAAAAGCUCAAUGCAGAAGACGAAGAGAAAACCACCCACCUGGUCCAUCUAGUCAAGGAGCGCCAGAACGCCCUCGAGGUUGGCACAGAACUCCCCCUGGAGACCCGGUUCGGACGGACCAUCACCUGGUUCUCGCAUGUCAUCGGCCACCUGGGCACCAUCACGCUCUUCUGGGGGGGUGUCUUCACCUGGAUCGGCCUCGGCCAUCGCUCCCACUACAGCGACCAAUGGCAACUCUACAUGAACUCGGCCUCGUCCGCGCUCAUGGUCUUCCUCUUCGCCUUCCUCGCCAACAUCCGCGAACGCCACGCAGCCUACACCCGCCGCUGCGUCGACGCAAUCUUCCAGGUCGAUUCCUCCCUCGAAGCCCAGCUCCGCCAACUAACCGACGACUCCCUCCCCAACGACCUCGUCAUCAUCCCCGCACCACGGGUCAGCAAAAUCCAACGCGCCAUCUUCUACUACGCGGACUUCGUCGGCACCCUCGUCGGCAUCGGUAUCCUGGUGGCAGUCAUCAUCAUCUGGCUCGCCAUCGGCCCCCUCCUGCACUUCGAUUCCAACUGGUGGCUCCUCAUCGGCACCUAUGCCGGCCUCAUCGGAAUGAACGACGGCUUCGUGCUCCGCAACAUGCAAGCCCGUCUGCGCUGCUACGUUGACGACCAAUUCGCCCGCGGCAUCACCGCGCAAGACGCAAGCCUUUUCACGACCGCUGGAAUUCCCACGCCCUGCGACGAGGACGUCGUCGGUGGUGACUCGCUGACGCAGCGCGUGUCGGAGACGAUGGGGCGCGUGUGCGCGCAUGAAAUCACGGUCGUGUUGGGGGUGGUGACGAUCUUAGGGUUGGUUGCGGGCGCUAGUGCCCUGCGAUGGACCAUGACGGGUCAGUUGUUGUGUAAUGUACCGCCCAGCUUGAUCGAGUCGUUUUUCAUGAUUGUGUUGGUGACGGGGCACAAUUCGGCCGACGAUCGGCAACGGGUGGAUCUGAAAAAUACGUAUGCGAGGCGGUUGCAGUUGCUGGGUUAUGUGAAUGCGGUCCAGUCGAUUUGGUGAGUUGGGGCUCCGCUGGAAGGGGUCGGGAUAGGGGGGGGAUUAGAUAGUUAAGAGAUAGUUCGUUAGUUAGGGGGGUUGGAUUUGG